CCCUGGUCCUGGGACCACCAAGCUGGACAUCUGCCUACCCCUUGGCCAAUCCCCCCGGAUUAAGUCGCCACGCUGCACCCCAUUCCUACCUUUUUUUUCUUCCAGCGCAGGAGAUCCCCAAGAUGGCCAGGGGAGCCUGAGAAAGUCCUCUGUUUGUGGGGGAGUGCAGGGUGAUGCGAGAGGGAGAGGCGCAGGCACAGGCUAGGCCGCCUAUCGCUCCCCAUGGAUGCCAAGCUGCGCGAGGACCUGUUUAGGAGGUACGUGGUGUCGCUGGAGAGGCGUCUAGAGGAGGGCGAGGCUGGCACCAACAACACCGGCGGGAGGGAUGGCGGUGGCGGCAGCAAUGGCAGCGGGCACGGCGUGGGGGGCAGUAGCACCAGGGCUGACCGGCAUCAUCAUCAUCACCAUCAUCCGAUAUCGCUGAUGAAGCACAGCAGCAGCGAGGAGGCCAUCAUCUCCACGGCGACGGCUCUGCUGGGGGCCUACCAGGCCGAGCCGGGCCAGCGCUUCCGGCUGCUGCGCUUCUACGAGGUGGCGGAGAACGCGCUGCGCUCGCCAGUGCACGCCUCCAGCCUGCGCGCCCUGGAGGCCGCCUUCGCCACCCUGGAGACCGUCUGCACCAACCUGCUGCUCUUCCCCUGGAAGAAGGAGUUCCGCUGCAUCAAGACGUUCACGGGGCCGUACGUGUACCAGCUGCAGUCGGCCAUGUGCGAGCAGGACCUGCGCUGGCUGUUACGCUCCAUGGGCUACACUCGCAGCGAGCAGGAGACUCAGUACACGGUGGCGCGCGAGGCCCCGCCGGCCAGCUCCCAGCACCUGCGUCAGCUGGCCUUCGAGCUGCUGCUGGCCCAGGCCGAGUGCCGCCUCCUGGCCGAGGUGGUGGCCCUGUCCCGGGGCGCUGCCAACGAGCUGGAGGCCCUGGAGCUGCGCAAGGCCAGCCGGGAGGACGCGGCCGGCUGCGCGGAGGCCCUCCGACGACGGGAUUCCCUCACCCCCAUCGACCUGUCCCGGCUAUCCCUUAGACCAAUUGAGACGGUAGAGCGGGCCGCCACUCCACACCACCACAUCCACCACCACCACCAGCUGCGUCGGUCCAGCCGGCCGUCCAAGUCAGUGGAUGUGACGGACAGCGCAGGCCACUGGCACCCGGCGGGUAGCAAGCCGGUGCUGCGCACCUCGCUCAGCCUGCGCAAGGAGCCGCUCUUCGUCGACGCCGAGGAGGAAGAGGCGCGCGACGAGAUCCUGACGCGGUCCAACGUGGUGCCCACCGCCACGCUCUUCUCGCUGGCCUCCACGCCCUCCUACAGCCCCUCCUCCUCCUCCUCCUCCAUCACCGCCUCUGUCGUGGCCUCCGCGGCCGACUUCUUCCCCAUCCAGUCGCCUCCUCCGCCGUCGGAGCCCUCCUACUCCUCCUACCACCUGUCGUCUCUGGACGAGGUGGAUCUGUACACGGAGAGGGGCGGGGGUCGGCAGACGCCGUCCUCGGCCUCGUCCUCCAGGCCGCCCAGCCGGGAGCCACGUGACGGCUGGCUGCUGAAGGCGCACGGCGGGGCCAAGUGCCAGGGCUGCGGCCUGGGCUGCUCGGUGCUCAGCUCCUGCCAACACUGUGACACGGUGCUGUGCUCCUCGUGCCUGGCGUGCGAGCCCACGCCCUGCUGUGGCUACCAGGACUACCCCAUCCCCAACCACAAGGCUACCACCACGGUGCCGCCCCAGCUCUCGCGCCCGCUCGACGGCUAUCUUCCCGCUAAGGAGAAGUUGUCCGUCUACUCCAAUGCGCACACGCACUCUCACCCGCACAUGCACACGCACCCUCACGCUCACCACGUGUUGCCCCUCACCCACGCGCACAUGCACCCGCACCCUCACCCGCACCCGCUCUCCCACUCUCACUCGCAGCUCCUGGACAAGCCUCCGCUCGGCAGCACCAAACUCUACCCCAGCAAGCCCGUCGCCAUGGUGACGACCUCCGGGGGGCCGGCGGGGGUCAGCGUUGGCGAGCGCCUGAGCAGCAUCGGUGGUAGUUCUUCGCGAUGCGGCUUCUGCAACAAGCCCGGCGCGGCGCACACCUGCGUCAACUGCUCCAAGGUGUCGUGCGACUCGUGCAUGGGCCUGUACGGCGGCGACGCCUGCACGCGCAAGACGCCACACCACAGCUUCCUGCCCAACCACCAGCUCAACUACAAGUCCAGCACCAUAUCCCACCUGGUCUACCGGUAGAAAACACACUCGCACGCACAACUAACUACACACACAAACACACACACUCCCAUUGCACCGACAUUUAAAAAUAGCGGGUCUUAGAAUGCUGAACCACUGGACUGUUGGCAUCAACGUCCCCAGAACUUCAUCGGACUCUGGAACUGUCUCACUGUUGGUAACGGUACGGAACACUGUUACCAACUGCUAUAAUCUGGCCUCAAUUCAGUGUGUAUUAAUCUUCACCCUGGACCAGAUGGAUCAAUGAUUCAGCUGCCAUGUGGGCUUCUGUUUUUUUUUUUCUGUCGCUUGUUUUUCUGUUGUUGUUUUUUUAAAUUCCCUUCAAUAGCUUGAAUUUUUAUCAGCCCUGGAAUGCACUUGCGCAGUGUUACCCUUAUAUUUUCUUCUGAUCUCACUACCUUGUAGAAGUCCAGGUUUGCAGGCAUUUUUCCCUCUUUUCUUGGCACUUUUCUCCUUCUCCCCCCCCCCAUCUGCUCUUGCUUUUUUCACGUAUUUCCUCUCUCUUUUUGUAAGUUUUAUCGCAAACCUGAAUCGUGGCCCAUGUAAGACAAGCAGCUAAAAGGGGAAAAGAGAACAAACAAACAAUAACUAACACAUGAACUGCAUUAGCUUCAAGCAAAGCACUCUUCACAUCCAGCUGUUAGCCUUUUAUCAGCACAUUAGAUGUUUGCAACUGGAUACUCACAAUAUAAGGAAGAAGAACCUUUACAAACUUGAUCACGAGAAGAAAAAAAAAUCAUAUGAAAGAGAACAAAAAAAACAGUACACUGGAAUCCAAUAGUAUAUAUUUUGAAUCAUUAUUGUAUAGAUCUAAUGUUGGGACUGUCGGUUCUGGGUAGCGGGUGGGUGAACCCUGGGUGGGUUCCAAUGGGGGUUGGUUUUGGGGCUCUGUGUUUGGGAGGGGCGAGGGUGGGUUUUUGGGAUGGAUAUUGAUUAGUUUGUAUCAAAUGACGUUAGUUAGCCACUUAAAACCGUGUAGUCCUCCAAUGAGCAACUCCUGUCUGUCAGUUUACCCUUUUAAAAACAACAGCUACAACAAAAAAAAUAGAAUGGAAAAGAAAUCAGUUCAUCUGUAUGAUGUUCACACAGGCUGCUAUGGAGUUCUUGAAGGCAGUUGGGGUUCUCCAGGUGUGUGUGUGUGUGUGUGUGUGUGUGUGUGUGUGUGUGUGUGUGUGUGUGUGUGUGUGUGUGUGUGUGUGUGUGUGUGUGUGUGUUCCUCUCUCACUCAGUCUAACUCCUCAGUGUGAACUCACAUUUUUUUCUCCUGCCUAUGGCCGUCAGGUGUUUUAAAGACAGCAGGGAGUGGAGGGAGGAAGACUUGAGACCGUGCCCUUCAGAAGCCUCUCAGAGAUAAAUAUUAUGAAGUCUUUGCAUCUCAAUGAUGAAGGAAGUUGUUGUUAUUCAUAUUAUAAUUGUUAUUUUUUAACAAAUUGAGGAAGUUGUGAGUUGUCUGAUUAUCCCUGCAAAGACACAAAUGCUCUGUGCACAUUUUUUGAUCUGUGAUUACUUUUUUUGUAUUUGUGUUGAAAUGUUAUGGUUGCAAUUGUUGGUGUGAUAAUUGAUUUUUUUAUUUUAUUUUUUAUUACACUUAAGUAACACUAUCAGCCGUAAGGACACUGAUCAUAGGAGGGGCUUUUGUCCCAUUGUUGACGAAUGAGGAAGCUGAGGUUUAUUAUUAUUAUUAUUAUUUUUAUUAUUAUUAUUAGCGUGCAAGGCACUCUCUAAGUUCAUGUACCGCCCUUGCCAUCCCUGCCCCUUGGUCUGACUGUAUUGUGGAAAGGGUUAAGAGAAUGGAUAGAGAAUGAAUGUUUGGCACUAGCUAUGAUGGAGACUGCAUCCACCACUGUAAAGUCGUGUGAUUCUCAAAACCCAUCAGGUGUGUUUUGAUUACUGGAUACAUCAUCGUCUCAUUUUCUUGGUCCUCUUGAAUGCUUUCUCUGCACAGUGUUUCGGUGGCUGUGCAGCUCAGACCACGUUGGAUAUAAGAUCCAGUUCAGUUCGCAUUGGAGGGUGAGCUGAAUUGUGCAGCGUGAUAUCACUAAUUUAAUGGCAAAAAGGGUUUAGUAUCUUUUUAAUUACAUUAUUGUCUUUUUUAUGUUUAUGGAGAGUUCAGACUUUAAAUCACCAGUCGACUUCCAGUGAGUAGUGAGCCUGUUGUUAAUGUGUGCCAAAUGAUCAGUAGAUAAACUAUUAUUCUGCAGUUCCCUGUUUUUGACACCAGGGGUCUCCCUUACAUUAGGUUGUCACUCAUGCCAGCCGUCUGAAAUUGCAUCGUCUAGGAUGCACCAAAAUCCUCAGUCCUUUUUCCUCCCAAUGCUGUGUCAACCUUUUUUAUCAGGUGAAAAAAGUGACAAUGGUGUUUUCUGUUUAGAGCCAGGCAUGCACUCUAAAUGCGAACCCCGAAAACCUCCCUACUUUUAUCUGCUCAUCCCUGCCUCUCUCGCAAUGUUGAUAGCUGUUCUCUCUCCACACGCAUACGAUACGCACACCACACACACACACACACACACCACCCAUGACACAUGACACACGCACUUCCUCCACCUUCUUCUUCCCUCAUGUUAACCCCACAGAGGAGCACCAAGCACUAUCUGGGUGAUUGUGUGAACGGUGUUAAGCCGCCUUCCCAAUUGUUACUGUACACAUGCUCUGAUCACUGGACAAAGGGAACCAAGGGAAGGAGCCAGCCAAAAUUGUUUGUUGGACAAAGUAUAUAAAUAUAUAAAUAUAUAUAAAUAUAAAUGAGUUAUAAAGCGAUGAUUUUAUAAAUAAUUUCAAGAAUAAAAUUCAAAAAAAAAGUUUAA